AUGCCGCUAUUCACCAAUUCUCCCACCUGCUUCACCGCCACCACCGCGGUUAACUCAUUGGAUCUGAAUUCGACGUUUUCCUCCAAUUCACGCAAGGCUGCAACACCUCGCAAUCUUCGCUUCCCUCAGAAUGAGGAAUUCAACGUCUCUAGAUUGGCUCUUAGUCACUCCAGCCGUGGAGUUAAAGUUAGGACAAUAUCAAUGGCAUUAGUGCGCGAUACUGUUGAACAAAAGGCAGAUGUGGCCAGCUCCUCUAGCAUUUUGGCAUAUGAUUUGGUUCAAGGGGCACUUGUGAGGUGGAGUUCUGUUAUGGACAGAUCUUUACCUGAUACACCAACAGCUGUCUUUUUGCACGGGAUCCUUGGGUGCAGGAAAAACUGGGGUACUUUUGCAAAGAGAUUGGCAAGAGAGUUUCCUAUGUGGCAGUUUCUUUUAGUAGAUUUGCGAUGUCAUGGUGAUUCAACAUCAAUCAAGAAGAGAGGUCCCCAUACUGUUGCAUCUGCUGCUCUUGAUGUUUUGAAACUGGUUCGGGAACUAAGAAUAACACCUCGUGUGUUAGUUGGUCAUAGUUUUGGGGGAAAAGUUGUUUUGAGCAUGGUGGACCAAGCUGCAAAACCUCUUGCUCGACCAGUCAGAGCUUGGAUUCUGGAUGCAACCCCCGGAAAAGUUAGAGCAGGUGGAAAUGGAGAGGACCACCCAGAAGAACUCAUAUCCUUAUUAAAUACACUGCCAAAGGAGGUCUCUUCAAAGAAGGAUGUUCUCAAAGCUCUUAUUCAACAAGGAUUUUCCAAUGAUGUAGCACAGUGGGUUGUGACCAACCUACGACCUACCAGCUCUCCUAAUUCACGCCUCUCAUGGGUGUUUGACCUGAAGGGGAUAUCAGAAAUGUAUCAAUCUUAUGAAGAAACAAAUUUGUGGAAAGUUGUUGAAGAUGUACCUCGUGGUGUGCAUAUAAACUUUUUGAAAGCAGAGAGGAGCCUACACAGAUGGGCUCUUGAAGAUCUUCAGCGAAUCCAUGUUGCGGAGGAGCUUGCUUCUGAGGAAGGAGGUGGAGUUCAAAUGCAUGUCCUUGAAGAUGCUGGCCACUGGGUACAUACUGAUAACCCAGAUGGACUCUUCAGGAUACUGUCAUCCUCUUUCCAGGGAAUGAAGGCGUGA